AUGUCGUCACGCAAAUUAACACUCGAACGGAUAUUGUUAGAACGGCACGGAAUCACCUUUUCGGAAGACGUCUUUUCACCCCACAGCAACAAACUCGAUGGAAAAAACAUGGUCCAGGUACCUGAACAUGUGGAAUACAUAAGAGAGGCUCUCUUAGACCAUGACAUUCAAGUUCCUGGUAGUCUGAAAUCUCUAUUUGAAAAGGAGCAGCAAUCUGUCGAUAUGAUAAAGGCAGAUUACAGCGUCCUUCCACCCCAAUCGGUUUUUUUCUCUAUUCCCCAUAAUCUCGUCCAAUCCAUGACCAGAGAGAUCAAGGCAACAGAGGAUAAGUUUGAACAAGUAGCAAAAAUAGCCCGCAUGGGUCGAGAGUAUGCUGCAGCAAAAGUUUCCCAGGAGACGUGGGAGGAUUUUCUGCGGUCUUAUAUAUUUCAAAGCUUCGAAGAUUCGGCUAUACAAACCUCAAAACAUGGUAAACUUUUUGACGCUUGGUCUCUCCGACUUUUACCUACGGAUUUCCCGUGCAUAUUCACUACUGAGAAGACGCCAACUGGGUUCAAUCGCAAUGAGUGCGUAGCAAACUUCUCUAUCAACGACCUCGGUGAUCUGGCUCCAAUUAUCUCCUUCCCUACUGUCCAUCCUUCAACAUUAAAAGCGCACAUAACCGAAAGUCAAAGGUUGGAACGACGCGAUUUGAUAUGUUUUCCGUGGGCAUUGGUAGAGGUGCAAUCUGCCACAGAGCCAGCUGAAUUAUGUUACUGCCGAGCCGCCGAUGGGGCCCAUGCUGCUUUGGACAUCCUGAGGCAUCUAUAUAAGUCCCCCUGGGCAGAAACAACAGUCAAAAUUCCCCCGGUUAUUACUUUCACAUGCUCUGGUCCUGAAAUUCGGGUGUGGCUUUCAUUCUCGGAAUCUGAAACACCCAAACCCUUAACUAGAAUGAUAUGCAUAUGGGCUGGUACGCUCACGGCAACUUGGUGCAUAGUAGCCCUGCGCGAAAUUGUCCAAAAUAUGACAUUUUGGGCCGCAAGAGUUCUAAAACCUCAAAUUUCAUCAUGCAUAAGCCAAAUUCGAUCUGCAGUCUCUUUUUCUCUACCAUCUCCAAUUGGUACUAUAUUAUCCAGGACAGCACCACAAGGAAAUCAGACAUUCAAAAGCCCUAAUAUAGCCGGAACUGAAAAGACGAUUUCUAGUAUUGGAAGUGGUCUAUUUUCUUCACAACAUAAAACCGAUGUUUUUAGGGCUCCCAGUACCAUAACCAAGACUAAGGGUGCAGUAUAUAUCCCCUUUCGCGAGAGAAGAAUCAGAAUUAAAUUACCAAGCCAUGAUGAGAGGAAGCCUUUCGGGGCUCACCGAGAGGACUGGCGGCCUAAAUUCGGUCUAUUUCGCUCAGCUCAAGCUAUGAAAUCCGGGCCGAGGACUUUGGUCGAUAAGGAAACCACUCGCAGUGGUGAUGAAAGCGCUGCCAAAAGUCCAGGUGGCCAACAAACCUUUCCAAUUGUCUAUUCAGCCAAAGCUGAAGGAAAUAAUAAGGCAGAUGACAAGCUGGGUUGUGAAGAUAAUACACUGGAUUGUGGCAUCGGUGAACUUGAAGAACUGAUAAAGAGUGUUAUGUUGAACGCCGAAACACAGGAUACUAAUCCUGACACGUCUCAUAUCCCAGAGAAUAAAGCUUUAAAUGCGUCUGAUGCUGGCCGUGAUGACGUUGAUAGUGGCUUUUUUCCGGAAUAUUUCGUUUAUAGAACGAUCGAAUCAUUCCAUGGCAGGAGUUAUGAUGCAACGGUCUGGGACUCAGAAGGUGAUAAUGACGAGUCCUACAUCACAUCAUCCUCGAGCAGUGAAUCAGAUUCAGAAGACUCUAAUGAUAUGUCCGAGGAAGAUAACGCCGACGAUGAAGCAAGUGAAAGUGCCUGUUCUCAUGACUACGACGAUAUUUAUCGAGAAAAGCUUCGAUCAGAACGAAAGUCCGACAGGGAAAGAGCUGAGAGCCCAAGCUCUUCAUUCUGGGCCCCUCCAGGCCAGGUUAGCAAACUGACUCUUGCGGAUAUAGAUGAUUUGAUGUACCGCGCUACCAAUGUUAUUUCCGGUGGGGACUUUAUACAGCUUAAACAGAUUCAAGACUUGCUCGAGGAAUUAAAGGGGAUGGAUCUUCUAGAUGCCACUUGGCGAUCUUUAGAAACUUGGGAGGGCCUCAGUCCAAACCUUCAUUCCUUCCAAAUGAGAUGCCUAGGCGUAACAGUUAAACGUCUCAAUGAUUUCUUAGCAUCACAGAGUGAGAUACUCAUCGAUCUUUUCAAGGUUCAUCAUCUCACAAUGGCUCUGAGGAAAGAGGAUCUCGACAAAACGCUGCAAAUCAUGCAAAAGAAGGGAGAAUAUAAUUUGCGAGAUCUUCUUAAAUCGUUACUUAGAAGCUGGGAUGGAGAGAAAUGCAUGGAAAUACUCAGUAAUGAGUUGCUUGGGCUAUCUACCGAGAAAUUUGAGAACAUGCUACAGGAGGCUUUUGAAUUUGUCUCUUCCGACACGAACUUGUUAGGUACUGUAUGA